AUCAUUGUACAGAAAGAACUGGGACCAAUUGACAGUGUAAGGGUCAAAGCAAAGGCAAUUGUAGAAUUUUUCAAUCGCAGCUCAUCCGGAUUCAAGAAGCUCAAAGAAAUUAAUAGCCAAUUAAAUCUUCCCGACCUUAAGCUGACACAAGAUGUGCCUACACGUUGGAACUCAACGUACAAAAUGUUUCAGCGCUUGUCUAUUUUAAAAGAUGGAGUUAUGGUGGUCAUUUCCCUUCUACGCCCUGAACUAGUACUGACCCAGGCAGAAUGGGAAAUUAUUGAUGGUGUAUUGCCAGUGCUGAAGCCAUUUUCUGAAAUAACAACUGAAAUUUUAGCAGAGAAAAAUGUCACCUUAUCAAAUGUUAUUAUAAUGGCCACAUUGCUGCAUCAAUCCAUAGCCAAAGCUAUUCCAAAAGAUGAUUUUCUACGGGCAGUCGUAGAAAAACUCAAAGAGCAGUUGACCGUACGUUUUGGGGAUUUGGAAAAUAAUAUUUUGUAUGCAAAGAGCACCAUACUAGACCCAAGAUUUAAAAAACGGGGUUUUAGGUCCGAUGAAUGCUAUGAAAAAACAGUUGCAGCUCUACAAUGUAAGAUCGCUCAAACGGGAUUGGUUGAUAAUGUUGCUGAUGAUCUGUCUUCACAAAUCGAAACCGUCAAACUGUCGCCAACCAAAAGUGGCAUUUGGGACGAGUAUGACAAGCAGUAUAACCAAAUAACAAAGCCAAGCUGUAACACGGCUGCUGCCAUUAGAGAGGUAGAUAAAUACCUAGCAGAAGAGAACAUCAAUAGAAAGCAGGACCCUUUGAUCUGGUGGACGCAGCGAAAAAAUGUAUAUCCACGACUAUACGAAUAUGCGUUGAAACGUCUUUGUUUGGUGGCCACGUCGGUGCCAUGUGAGCGCCUAUUUUCUGCAGCAGGAGAAAUAGUCCGCAAAAGACGAACGCUUUUGACGCCCAAUAAGGUUGAAAGCCUUAUGUUUUUACAUAAUAAUAUGUGAAAUACUUAAAAAUGCCCCGACUUCUAAAACAUAAAAAAUGGAAAACGAGAUACUUAAUUGAAACUGUUGGUUGUGUCCUAACGAUAUCAAGUACUAAGUACGAAUUAAAAUAAAUUUAAGAAGUUAAAACGUCAAUGAAUUGUAGUGCAUUAUUUACAUACAUAUAAGCUUAAAACUAGAUAUGAGACUUUAAAAUUGAACUAAGAACAAAAAGACCGAUAAACAAAACAGGCCAAAGAACAAAAAAGAACGAACUAAAGGGACAAU